AUGGGAGUUGAAGGUCUCUGCGGCUGCACAAUAUUGGUCAUCAUUUCUCGAGAUGCAAUCUACUUUGCUCAUUUCUUUGAAAGUCUUUCUUGGAGCCCUGACCCAGAUAUACUAAGGGACAGGGGGUUUCCAGCCCUCGACAGGAACUUCCAGGAGUCGGUGAUUGAUUUCUUGAGUACCGGAAGAGACUGGCCUGAUGAGGAAGUUGAUCAAAACGUGAAAUUAAUUGAUCACGCGGCUAGCUUUCUACCAGAACUCGGAACACGGGCAUUUAUUUUGACUCCUCAGAAUCAGGAAAAUGCAGCAGAGGCAAAUGGGGCUGACGUGGACGGUAAUGUCAACUACAUCGACGGGCUACUCUAUGAGGACAUGAUCGAUCAGCUCAUUUAUAGUUGUGAAUCUUCGCAUCUCGUGCAAAUAUUGCCUCCAGUUAAAAAUCCCGAGAAUCCUCAUCAGUCCGGCAGUCCUCAUCAGUCCGGCAGUCCUCAGCAGUCUGCAAGCACUCAGCAGUCUGCAAGCACUCAGCAGUCCGAGAGCCAAGUCACCACAUCGAGCACAGUAACCACCUGGUCAGGAUCCCAGGGAAUAGAAGUGGUCUUUGAUGGGACUAUAUACACAAUUGCAACUCAACCCACUACAUUCACCAAUAACGGCAUACCCGUCAUUAUUGGGCCAGGAGGUCUGACGAUUGGGUCAGAUAUAAUACCACUGCCGGUUCUCACGGGAGAGCCUACCGCAUUUACCACUGAUGGAGUCAUCUUUACUGUGUGGCCUCCAGGCCAUCGCGUUACACCCACCAUUGUGCCUUCAACCACGGCAGCUCCAGGUCCACUCCCAACAAGCGUGACUCCCAGCCCGACGACAGCACAAACGUCCUCCCAAGCACCGACGAGUACUGUUAUCACGAUCACAGCCAUCGACAGUUCCAGUACCUCCGAGGUCACCUUUUCUGCUUCUACGCUUGCCCCAUUUACGAAAUUGACGGGCACUUCAACGAUCACUACGACUAUCGAUGGUGUGUUGACAACAAUUGUAGUUGGCCCAGGGGGCAUGGCUUGGAUUCCUACACACCCCAGCACAAUGACUUCUGGGUUUCCUCCUGUGCCAUUUCCCUCUCAGCCACCGUCGCCGGGUUCAACAGGCACAAACAUUCUUCCCACCGACACAUCGAAUUCGGCGAGUGUUUCCCCAACUAGUACACGGACAUCCAAUCCAUUCCCUUCUUCUCAAUUCACAGUUCCAGUGGUCAUCACAACCACGAUUACAACGGAUGGACCCGAGGGCCCUACAACCAGUACUAUGACUGGAACCACCGAUUCGACAGGGUUUGUGAAUCCUGUCACCACAAUGUCGACCUCGGCGGCCAUAGCAUCUGCAAUUUCACUAUCAUCUCGCAUUAUGAGCGCUUCAAAUGUCAUCGACGCUUUUUCUGCAAAUCCAGCAAAUGCUGCAAGCGCAAGUUCAGCCGUCGCAGCAAUCGAGACUUCGAAGACUGGCAAACGGAAACAGCUUUGGAGGGGAAUUGCUUCAACGCUGCAAAACCUCGCGGGGGUCAUUCCUAGUGUAUUCGGGGGAUCAUCUCAACCGUCCGCAAUCGAUGGGCCACUUACCGAGCUGGCUAGUCUUGCCGACGCCCUAGGAAAUGAAGCCGAGAAAGCCAGCCACAGCUCAGAUAUGACGGCAUCUCCCUCGUGUACGGGCACAAUUCUCACGAACUGCGAUGUCUUCUGCCUUGAGGGAACGACCUCGACCGCAGGAAGCACGAUUACAACAAAGUCCUGCUAUUCCACGACGUGUAGUGUUGACACACAGUGCGGAGGAUCUGCUGUCACUUCGACUUCGUACGAUUAUCUCUAUUGUCCAACCACCGUGGGCGAGGAAACUAUGUCACUCUACUCUUACCCAGGAUUCAAGUUUGAUCCGAUAAUCACAGAUUUUGGUAACGAUUCUUCGUCAAAUGGGACAGCUACGAGCAGUGACAUUACGACCAGCGAGUCCACUACAGCCAGCGAGUCCACUACAGCCAGCGAGUCCACUACAGCCAGCGAGUCCACUACAGCCAGCGAGUCCACUACAGCCAGCGAGUCCACUACAGCCAGCGAGUCCACUACAACCAGCGAGUCCACUAUAACCAGCACGACGACGACCACCACCACCUUAAGUACGACCACUACAACUAGCUCACCCAGCGCGAGCCCUACUUCGAUCCCGAAGGAUUACAUAUCCGAUUGCAAUUCCUUUUCACAUUCAGGUCCUAAUGAUGGCGAGACCUGGACUGCCCUCGAUGUGAAGAGGGGUCGUAUCGUUGCUGCUUUUCUGGAUGCAGUGGAAUGGUAG